CACUCUUUUAUGUAAUAAAGAGAGUAACCCCAAACGUUCUGGAGGAAAUGCACAAAGCAGCCCGGUUCUGACGGAACCUGCCUGCUGUCAGUCCCCAGCACGGACGCGUUUCUGUGCUGACAUCCACACUUCCAGCUGCAAACCUUCCCCUUGGCCGCUCCAGCUGUGCUCAUGAACCAUUCCAGAACCUCGGGUGGGCGAUUCAGAGCUGCUCUCCCACUCCUCUGCUCCAGGAGUGCAGUCAGGAGGGACAAAGCUGAGCGACAAUGAAGUCACUGGGUAUUAAUUCUGGGGCAGAGCUGUGUGUGUGUGGCAGCGAUCUGAGUUAGUGCUGGGCUGGGGCAGGGGCUGAGCAUCACCCAGGGAGCUCCUUUGGGCUGGACAGGUCUGAGCAGUGCGUGAGAAACUCCCUGCUCUGCUCCUGAGGUGCGGCUGAGCCGCACAUGGCAGCUCACAACGCCUGAGUUUCAUUCUUGGUGGAUGUUUCCUCGUUCCUCUGUUGAAAUUACAUGUUUGAAAACAUUUCCUUAUGUGGUGCAGCUUGUUUGUUUGUUUGGUAAGAAUUGUGAAUUACACACGCAAAAGAGACUGUGGGAUCCGGGCCAAGGUUAGAGAUGGUUCAUAGGAAAGAAGCAUUUGAAACAUGUGAAUAAUUCCUUUGAGUUGAAGUUAAGGUUCUGCUGUUUUCUUUUGUUUGGUUGUAUUUUUGUUCCUAGUUGGUGUCUGGCCUGCACACAAGCACCCAGCAUAGAUAACUCUUGUGACUGACAGCAUCCAAAAGCUUUCCCUGUUGGCAAGCAGGGGUUUUUUUGGGCAUUUUUUCCCCCCAUCAAAGAAUAGUAAGGACUUAUUUUGUGUUCUUUUUUUGAAAGGAGCCUUCUCCAGAGGAACGCUCUGCAGGUCCAGCACAGCUGCGAGCUAAAUUCCUGCACACGGAGCACGAGCUGAGGGAGCCCAAGACAGUGACCCAGGCCGACAUGAAGGUGGAAAUCCUGCCAGCCCUCACUGACAACUACAUGUACCUCCUCAUCGACCAGGACACCAGGGAGGCUGCCAUAGUUGACCCUGUGCAGCCCCAGAAGGUUUUGGAUGCAGUCAAAAAGCACGGCGUGAAGCUGACCACUGUCCUGACCACCCACCACCACUGGGACCAUGCUGGAGGCAACGAGAAGCUGGUGAAGAUGGAGCCGGGGCUGCGCGUGUACGGGGGGGACGGCAGGGUGGGGGCCCUGACGCAGAAAGUGUCCCACCUGACAGCUCUCAAGGUGGGAUCUCUAAGUGUGAAAUGCCUCAGUACGCCGUGUCACACCUCGGGACACAUCUGUUAUUAUGUGACUAAGCCAAAUAGCUCCGAGCCACCUGCAGUUUUUACAGGUGACACCCUGUUCGUGGCUGGCUGUGGCAAGUUCUUCGAGGGCACCCCUGAGGAGAUGUACAAGGCACUGAUCGAGAUUCUGGGCAGCCUGGACCCCAAAACGCGGGUUUACUGUGGCCACGAGUACACCAUCAACAAUCUCAAGUUUGCUCGGCACGUGGAGCCCAGUAACCCCAGUAUCCAGGAGAAGCUGGCCUGGGCCAAGGGAGAAGUCGGUCCAGGAGCACGCCGGGGAGAGCGACCCUGUGCGGGCCAUGGGGGCCAUCAGGAAGGAGAAGGACAACUUCCGAGUGCCCAAGGACUGAGCACUGCCUGCAUCACUUCACUGUCACUGCAAGCGUCACUUAGGCCAUUCAGAUGUUUUAGGAGUCAAAUCUUCUCUCGUGGUUGAGACAAGUUUUAUUUAGGUUUUUAUUUUGUCUUAAUUAAGGAAAAGAAAAGGAAAAAAAAAAGCACUUUGCCCUCGUUGAGAUGUUCUACAGCUUAUUUAUAUUAUGAUGAAGAAUAUUUAUGGUCCUCUUGCUGUCUGUCAAGCUGUCAGGUGUCACCUGCAGAUCAUGGUGCAAGUGGUGGUGUGAGACUCGAGGCUGGGCAGGAUGAAGCCUGGAGGUUUAGGAAGAAGCUCCUGUUAUUUUUGUGGGAGCCUGAUGUGGAUGCAGAAGGUGGGACUGAGAUGUCUUUGCUUGAAGCAGAGACCACCUGCAGGAGCUGAAGAUUUCAAUGUUCCUUCCAUGCUGCUGCUUCAACAUUGUGAGCAUCGCUUCUGGCUCCACUAAAACCAGUUCCAGGGUCAGAGCUGCUGUGCCAGUGCUGCUCCAGGGUCACCUGGGAGCUCCAUGGGCUGCUCUGGCUCUGGGAGUGGCUCCUGGGGCCACCCAGCUUCUCUCUCAUCCCUGGCACAGGCAGCAGGGACGUCCCCAGGCAUUGCUCUGCUUGUGCCCUGAGUCCCCAGGCUGCUGCAUGAAUCUGCUCCCUGCUGUGCCCUGUGUGACCUGUGCCAGCCCAAAAAACCCCAAAAAACCGGGCAGGGAUUUGUCAGAGUGCAGAAGCUCCUGGUGAGUGACUGACACCCCUGCAGCACCCCUGGGGACAGGCUGAGCAGUUGGAACCUGUCCCCAGGUGAGCAGGGAUGUGGGCUGGCACCAGGUUUGCUUUAAAAUGCUGAAUUUUACGUAGUUCAGAGGGAAAAGUGGUACCUAAAGCUGUGGUGUCUCCUGGAACGCUGUGCUGCCACACCAGAGUGUGACUGUGCUGAGGGCUGGGCAGAGGGGAAAUAAAUAACAGCUGGAAACAGAGA